UCUUCGCUGGUCCACCAGCAGGGGGCUCCACAGUGCUGACCCGUUCCCGGUGAUGGGGGACCGGAGGAUGUUCGUUGCAGGUCGUGAUGAACCCGUUUGACCGACAGUCGGAGGCGGACCGCGGGGACAGCCGGUGUCCGUGGGCCCGCUUCUCCUCCUGGCUGGAGUGUGUGUGUGUGGUUACCUUCGACCUGGAGCUCGGACAGGCCAUCGAGCUGGUGUAUCCUCAGGAUGUGAAGCUCACAGAGAAGGAGAAAACCAGCAUCUGUUACCUGUCCUUCCCUGACUCGUACUCAGGAUGCCUCGGGGACACUCAGUUCAGCUUCAGGUUACGUCAGUCGGUCGGUCGCAGAGUGGCGAGCUUCCGAGAAGACCUUUACAACAGAGACGCUCCCGUCACGCUGCAGACUGAAGCGUCCCAUUUCUUUGGUUUCGUCUAUUUUAGACAAGUGAAGGACGUUUCUGUGAAGAGGGGAUACUUCCAGAAGUCGCUGGUGUUGGUAUCCAGGUUACCAUACACUCACCUGUUCCACACGCUGCUGCAGAUCGUCGCACCUGAGUUUUUUGAGAAGUUGGAGCCCUGUUUGGAAGCAGUGUGUAAUGAGAUCGACCAGUGGCCUUCACCUGUACCUGGACAGACCCUCAACCUGCCUGUGAUGGGCGUGGUCCUUCAAGUGCGGAUUCCUUCAAAAACAGACAAACCAGGAGGAAGUCCCGUCAGACAGACAGCCAAAGAGAACCUGCUGCCGGCUCCGACCCUGCUGCCUACCAUCCACGAGCUCGACCUCUUUAAGUGUUUCCAGUCGGUACUGAUCCACCUGCAGAUGCUCUGGGAGCUCAUGUUGCUCGGGGAACCGGUGGUCGUCAUGGCGCCGUCUCCCACCGUCUCCUCGGAAACCGUGCUGGCUCUCAUCAGCUCCAUCAGUCCUCUGAAGUUCUGCUGCGACUUUCGUCCGUAUUUCACCAUCCACGACAGUGAGUUCAGAGAGUACACCACCAGGACCCAGGCCCCGCCUAACGUGGUUCUUGGAGUCACAAACCCGUUCUUCAUCAAGACUUUUCAGAACUGGCCUCACGUCGUCCGACUGGGAGAAAUCAAGAUGACAGGUGAUUUACCCAAACAGGUGAAGGUGAAGAAACUUUCUAAGCUGAAGACACUCGACACAAAACCAGGGAUCUACACAGCGUUCAAGACGUUUCUACACAAAGACAAGAUUCUGAUUAAAAGGCUGCUGAAGGGGAUUCAGAGAAGACGACCGUCAGAGGUUCAGAGCGCCAUCUUGAGGCGACACCUGUUAGAGCUGACUCAGAGCUUCAUCAUCCCGCUGGAGCGGUACAUGGCGAGCCUGAUGCCUCUGCAGAGAUCGGUGACACCGUGGAAGACUCCGCCUCAGAUUCGACCCUUCAGUCAGGAUGAGUUCAUGUCGACUGUGGACCACACGGGGCCCCAGCUCACCUCCAUGCUCAAGGGUGAUUGGAUGGGACUGUACAGGAAGUUCUUCAGGUCUCCGAACUUUGACGGAUGGUACCGCCAUCGACACAAAGAGAUGACGCAGAAACUGGAGAGUCUUCACCUGGAGGUCAUCUGUGACGCUGACUUGAUGAGUUGGACUAAAGACAAGUCAGAGGUUGAGAUCGUUGACUUGAUUCUGAAGCUCAGAGAGAAACUGAUUAAAGCUCGGAGGCAGCAGCUGCAGCUGAGGGAUGGAGUUUUACAGAAACUGGACGACUUUAUUAACAAUGUCAUCAUCCAGCUGCCCGAUGACCUACAGACGGUACUGAGUACACACUGAGUACACACUGAGGACACACCAAGUACACACUCAGUACACACAGUGUGUAUUCAGAGUAAUUUAACAUAUCUGACUUGUUCAGGUUAAACUCUUGUUUGUUGCCUUCAUUUUGUUUUUGUAUUUUCAAAAAGUUUACUGAAUGAAUCAAACAUAUACAGUAUGAAUCUUUCUGUUUGCUUGUUUUUGUUUAUUAAUAUUUGUAAAGUUGUUCACAUAAAAACACAAAGUUCCAUCAGGUCUGAUGAUUUUAGCUCAGAUAGUAAAACACAAAUGUUUAAUAUUCCACAUUAAAUCUGUGUGAACUGAACUCUGACACCACAUACAGACCAUAAUAAUCAGCUGAUACAGACCAUAAUAAUCAGAUGUUAUUUUUCUAUCAGACUGAACUGAAUGUAGCACUGAUAAUUAACUGUAAUAAUGUGUUGUUCACCUUUAUGUUCCUCCGUCAGUCUAUAAAUAUUUAUUGUUGAUUUAAAAAGUAAAACCUGGAUCAUGGUCAAA